CUCUCGAGUCUCGACUCUCGAGCAAGCAAGUCUCUCCAAAUAUCCAAGGCGAGUGUGAAGGGUUUUAUUUCGCCGUCCGAACUCCUCCUCUCUCUGCGCUAAAAACUCUGCUUACCUUCAAUUCUUGUAUUUUAAUUUUUUGGAAAAAAAGAAAAAAAGGGGCACGAAAAGGAAGAAAUUGGAAAGUUCCUUUGCGUUUCGCGAGACUUGUUAGGGAUAAAUAAAACAAUCGAGAGAAUUUCGAGCUUCUUUCUAUUUUGAUUCUUGGAGUUAUGGCGGCAAGAGCUUCGAGGAGAUUAUUUGGAGAUCUUCUGCACAGAAGGUUAAAUUCAAGCCGGUAUGGAGGCUAUAGGCAUUGCUCUUCUGUCCCAGAUUCCUCUCCCAAAAUACCUCACUUUUCCAAACGAGGUAGGUUGUUGACCGGAGCAACCUUAGGGUUGGUAAUAGGUGGAGGAGCUUACGUGAGUACAGUGGAUGAAGCAACUUUCUGUGGCUGGCUAUUCUCAGCAACGAAGCUAGUAAAUCCAUUUUUUGCCCUUCUAGAUGCUGAGGUUGCUCACAGACUUGCUGUGUCUGCUGCUGCUCAUGGUUGGGUUCCAAAGGAAAAGAGACCUGAUGCACCAAUAUUAGGACUUGAAGUUUGGGGAAGGAAGUUCUCCAACCCUUUAGGCCUUGCUGCUGGAUUUGAUAAAAACGCUGAGGCUGUUGAAGGCUUACUUGGCUUGGGUUUUGGCUUUGUAGAGGUUGGCUCUGUUACUCCUGUUCCACAAGAAGGUAACCCAAAGCCACGAAUCUUCAGAUUGCGCCAGGAAGGGGCAAUAAUCAAUCGUUGCGGCUUUAAUGGUGAAGGCAUUGUGGCAGUUGCGAAGAGACUAGGUGCCCAGCAUGGGAAGAGGAAGUUAGAUGAAACUUCUAGUUCUUCGUCAUCCUCUAGUGAGGAAACUAAACAUGGAGGCAAAGCUGGCCCAGGCAUUCUCGGGGUCAAUCUUGGAAAGAAUAAGACAAGUGAAGAUGCUGCUGCAGAUUACGUGCAAGGAGUUCAUACAUUAUCUCAGUAUGCUGAUUACUUGGUUAUUAAUGUUUCGUCACCCAAUACUCCUGGACUUCGUAUGCUUCAGGGAAGAAAACAGUUGAAGGACCUUGUUAAGAAGGUUCAAGCAGCUCGUGAUGAAAUGCAAUGGGGUGAGGAGGGUCCACCUCCACUACUUAUAAAAAUUGCACCUGACUUGUCUAAGGAAGACCUUGAAGACAUUGCAGCAGUGGCUCUUGCUCUUCGCCUGGAUGGAUUGAUCAUAUCAAAUUCAACUGUUCAAAGACCAGAUCCAGUUAAUAAAAACCCAGUUGCUGCAGAACCUGGUGGCUUAAGUGGGAAACCUCUCUUUGGCCUGUCCACGGACAUCUUGAAGCAGAUGUAUAUUUUGACAAGGGGCAAGAUUCCUUUGAUCGGUUGUGGGGGUGUCAGCAGUGGCGACGAUGCAUACAAAAAAGUACGAGCUGGAGCAACUCUUAUUCAACUUUAUACAGCAUUUGCCUAUGGUGGACCUGCCCUGAUCCCUCAGAUAAAGUCUGAACUUGCGGAGUGCUUAGAAAGAGAUGGUUUCAAGUCCAUUCUUGAAGCUGUUGGUGCUGAUUGCAGAUAAUUUCUAUAUCUUCAUCUACUUGAUACCCCACUCAGUAUAAGAGCACACAAAGAUGCAUCCACUAUAAUGUCUUCCUUGUCCGCGAUUUUUAUUUUCUCAUUUGUUCUUUGAGAAAUAUUUAUGGAUUUACUUGGUUACUGCAGUUUUGUCCUAACACCACUGCCCCUCUUUUCUUUUCCUUUAAAGUGGAGUGGAAAUAUGUUAGACUUGUAAAAUGUGAAAACAUUUUUUGAACUAAUUUAACGAUGCGGUUAGCAAGCAAUUUCAGGAUUA